UGUUCUCAUCUCAGUACAUUUCAAUCUCUCUCAUCACUCCACAAGAAUCUCUCUCAACUCCUCUUCUUCCUUCACUCUCAAAUCUAUGAUAUUAAGAAGAUUUAUGAUAUAACACAGCACAAAGUUGCUUGACACCCUUUGAUCGACAAGGAUUCUCAGGGUGCUCAAUUAUUCUUCGUGCUGAACAAUUUGGAGUUCUUUUCAGGCUUACAUUGUGAAAUGGACAAACAUCUUUCUGAAGAAGAUAGUGACAACAUUGACUGGGAUACUGAAGAUGAGUUAGAAAUACAGGAUACAACAUUUUCCUCAUGCAGGGAUUUAAGAACUAAUGGACAGUAUGCUAUUAGUGGUGAUGGGGAGGCAAGCUCAUCAUCAGUACCUGGCCAGUCUACGUUCAUUCAGAAGUUUUUAGUGAUGGGAUUUUCUGAAGAGUCCAUUGCAAAAGCAAUAGAACAAAAUGGAGAAAAUUCAGAUUUGGUGCUGGAUUCUCUUUUGACAUUAAAGGCCAUCGAAGAGUCUCCUGAAGAACAGCCCAGUGCUAGCCCUCACCUGGAGCCCUGCAUUAAUUCUGAUGAUAGCUCUUCUGAAUACAACGAGAACUUUCUGGAUGAUGUUUAUGAGGAAGAUAGUUGGUCCUCUGACUCAGACUACUGUACAAAUUCUGCUAAACAGUGCUAUGUGAAAGAAGAGAGCAGUUCUUUGUCUGAAAAAGAGCAGACAAUAUUAUUCCUGGCAAAUAUGGGAUACCCAGUGGAAGAGGUUUCUAUAGCAAUGGAGAGAUGUGGUCCAGAAGCAUCGCUUGCUGAAUUGACAGAUUUCAUCUGUGCUGCUCAAAUGGCAAGAGCGGAAGAUCCCUAUUUGCCAGAAGAUGUAAAGCCAAAACUGAACCAUGGUAGUGGUGGAUACAAGAAGAGGAAGAUGUUCAAUCAAUUGUGCAAAAGCAAAAAACCAAGGGCGAUUUUUGAUGAAGAGACAAUUCGUUUGCCCAAACCUAUGAUUGGAUUUGGGGUUCCUACAGAAUCAGUUCCUGCAAUUAUCCGAAGAACUAUUCCGGAGCAAGCUUUUGGCCCCCCUUUUUUCUAUUACGAAAAUGUUGCUCUAGCUCCAAAGGGUGUGUGGGAUACCAUUUCCAGAUUCCUAUAUGAUAUUGAGCCUGAGUUUGUUGAUUCAAAGUAUUUUUGUGCUACUGCAAGAAAAAGGGGUUAUAUUCAUAACCUACCUAUUGAAAAUAGAUUUCCCUUGCUUCCACUUCCCCCACGCACCAUUAAUGAGGCACUUCCCCUAACAAAGAAAUGGUGGCCAUCUUGGGAUCCACGGACAAAGUUAAAUUGUUUGCAAACAGCUAUUGGAAGUGCAAGAUUGACUGAUAGGAUCAGGAAAGCUGUGGAGGCCUUUGACGGUGAGCCACCUAUGAGGGUGCAAAAGUUUGUUCUUGAUCAAUGUCGGAAGUGGAAUUUGGUGUGGGUUGGGAGAAACAAAGUUGCUCCUUUGGAGCCAGAUGAAUUUGAAAUGCUAUUGGGGUUUCCAAAGAACCAUACCAGGGGAGGUGGUAUAAGUAGGACCGAUAGAUACAAAUCGCUUGGUAACUCAUUCCAGGUUGACACAGUGGCAUACCAUUUAUCAGUGUUGAAAGACAUGUUUCCAAAUGGGAUGAACGUCUUAUCACUCUUCUCUGGGAUUGGCGGUGCUGAAGUUGCUCUUUACCGUCUUGGGAUUCAACUAAACAAUGUGGUCUCUGUGGAAAAAUCUGAAGUGAACAGAAACAUUGUGAGAAGUUGGUGGGAGCAAACUAAUCAGAGAGGCAAUCUUAUUGAUUUUGAUGAUGUGCAGCAGUUGAAUGGAGACCGCUUGGAGCAACUGAUAGAUUCAUUUGGCGGAUUUGAUUUACUGAUUGGUGGAAGCCCGUGCAACAAUCUUGCAGGCAGUAACAGGGUGAGCAGGGACGGUCUUGAAGGCAAAGAAUCGUCUCUAUUUUAUGACUAUGUUCGGAUACUGGACUUAGUCAAGUCCAUAAUGUCUAGACAGAGAUAGUAUGACAGAAAUUCGUUCUAGCUUCAGAUUUAGUUUAUCUUUCAAAAUUAUGAGACAUUAUUGAUGAAGACAUCAAAGGAUAAAGCCAUCACAUAAAAUUUCUGGCUUAAGAUUCUGCAUCGACUGGUCUCCUACAAAAUACCAGUUGAUGUACAUUCUAUUUCGCUUUGAAGCGAAAACGAACAUGAAGUGUAAAGUAUAUUACUACUAUUAGUUAUUUGGCCUAACAUGCCAUUUCAGUUGAUGAGCAUGCACAGUUACAGUCUUGUAUCCUGAUCCUAUCCUUCAUAACUAAUUUUCUGGAAUUUGCACAAUAAA